CGGUCUUAUAUGGGACGUCUCCCUCUGUCCAGCCUGUGUGUCACUGUCUGUUGUCGAUGAGAGUUACUGUGAGCUGCACCCAGAAGAAGUUCAUCAUGAUGCGUGCAGCCUUGUGUAUCUGGAUCUUAUCAGCAGUGGUCUGCGUGGGAAGAAGCCAUCACCAUGCCGAGCAUCACGAUGUCAAAGUUCAGACAGACCAAGACACUGCUCCCAACAGCGUCUCACUGGUGUCCUCAGCCAACAAAGGGUUUACCUACCGUCUAUACAGGAAGCUGGCUGCUCACUCUGACUCGGAAGGCAAGAACAUCUUCUUCUCACCAAAGAGCGUGUCUCUGGCACUGGCAGCCUUGUCUGUAGGAGCGCGGGGGGAGACCCAUCAGCAGCUUUUCAACGGUCUGGGUUUCAACAGCUCUAAGCUGACACAGGCAAAUGUGGAUGAGGCUUUCCAAGUGCUCCUGGAGCAGGCAAACAAGAUGUCUCAUCAAGACACCAGAGAAGGCACCGCUGUGUUCGUCGAUCGCGGCUUUACUCCAAAUCUAGAUUUCCUGGACGUCUUGAAGAAGUCCUACUUGGCCGAUGGGUUUAAUGUUAACUUUACCAACACUGUAGAAAGUGCCAGUACCAUCAACAGCUAUGUGGCCGAGAAGACCAAGGGGAAGAUAGACAAGCUGGUGGACAGCCUGGAUGCAGACACAAUCAUGUAUCUCAUCAGUUACAUAUACUUUAAAGGAAAGUGGGAUACUCCAUUUGAUCCUAAGAUGACCAGGAAGGAUGAGUUCAUAGUUGAUGAAAACACCAAGGUUCCAGUUGAUAUGAUGAAAAUGGAGGAGGACGUAGACAUCUAUUACGACCAAGCUAUAAACACGUCAGUCCUCCACCUUCCCUUCAACAGCUCCUCCUCCAUGCUGCUCCUGUUGCCUGACGAUAUGGCAACACUGGAGAACGCCAUCUGCCCGGGACAUGUCACCAAAUGGCUGAAGUGGAUGAAGCGCAGCGUAGAUGACAUAUAUCUUCCAAAGUUCUCCAUUAAGACUUCCUACAAUCUGAAAGACGUGUUGAUUGAAAUGGGAAUGACGGACAUGUUCAGUGCUCGUGCAGACCUGAGUGGCAUCGCAGAGGGGAAGAACCUGCUAGUGUCAGAGGUCGUGCACAAAGCCACCCUGGAUGUGGACGAGGUCGGAGCCACUGCUACAGCUGCUACAGGAAUGCACCUGAAGCCCUUUUCUAUCUUCAUCGGCCCUGUCCUGAAGUUCAAUCGCCCGUUCAUGCUCCUCAUCAUCGACCGCGCCACAGAAAACACACUCUUUGUUGGCAAGAUUAUCAACCCAAACAUUUGAUGAAGAUGAAACAUUUUGUGCUCACUCAAGCACUGCUGCUGCAUCAUGUGUAAAAAACACCCAAAUAAAAUCUUCAAUCUC